AUGUUAAUUCGUGGUGGAAAACAUAGUUCAUAUUUAACUACAAUAUUGGCAUUUAUUUAUUGUUGUUUUAAUUCUUAUGUAAUUGUCGAAGAAAUUUUGGCAUAUCAUAUUUAUCCAAAUGAUUAUUUAUUUUCAUUACGUUUUAUAUCUGGUAUGAUUAUUUUCUUUAUUGGUUUUAUUUUAAAUCUUCAAGCGGAUUCAAUUUUAAGAAAUUUACGUAAAGAUAAUAAUCAACGUGAUUAUAAAAUUCCAAGAGGCGGUUUGUUUGAAUAUGUUUCUGGCGCGAAUUUUUUAGCUGAAUCUAUUGAAUGGACAGGUUAUGCUAUUUGUGCAUGGACAUUACCUGCAUUUGCAUUCUCAGUUUUUACAUGGGCUAAUAUUGCAUUCGGUCGUGCUAUUCAUCAUCAUCAAUUUUAUCUUGAAAAAUUCAAAGAUGAAUAUCCAAAAAAUCGUAAAGCUAUUAUUCCAUUUAUUUUAUAA